AUAGCAUCACAUUUUAGAAUAAGUUUAGAUUUGUUCGAGUUGGUCACCUUUGGCACGAAUUAUGGCCUUCAAACGGCCAAUGAAACCAUCACACGCUGCCCGAAUGUUGCGGUAUUUUGGCCCAUUCCCGGCGAAGCGCUUGCUUGAGGUGAUCGACACAUUGGUAUUUUUUAGUGCCAACCUUGGUUUCCAAAAUACUCCAGACACAAUAGUCCAACGGAUUGGUAUCCGGAAAUUUUGGUGGUCAUUGUGCGCUGGAAACAAAGCGAGGUACCUCAUUUCGUAACCAUUCUUGGGUGGCGCGUGCUGAGUGCGAUGGUGCUGAGUAGUUCGUCCUAUUGGAAUAUCCAAGGUCUGCGGCCAAAAUGUUUGCGUGCCCAAGGCUCCAGAAUAUUUUCGCUAUAAUAUUCUGAAGUUUGUCUUGCAGUUUUUUUCAUCUCACCCUGUAUAUUUCAUAGAAUGAAUUUUCCAAAUUGAAUAUUUUAUUAAAUUCUAAUUUAUUUAAAUUCUAGUUUAUUAAAUAUGAAUAGUAUUAUCAAAUUCUAAAUUCAAAUGGCCUUUGCAGCUGUAAUAUUAAAUAGCUCCAAAUUUUAUUAAAUUCAUUACAAAAAUGACAACUUAUUUAGCCACAAAUCCUCUCGAGAGACAAAAUAAAUUUAUUAAAUAUUUAAUUAAUUUAUUGCCAUUGCAUUUAAAUGGCAUUUUCAUUUUACAGUUAAUCCCCUUAAAAAUAAUCCCAAAAAAUAAUAAAAGAAAAUAUUUCAAAAACAAAUAAACAUUUAUAAUUGUUAUCUCUGUGUGUAUGUGUGUGCGUGUGUGGAAAAUCAUACAACCGCACUCUGCUCAUUACAAAUUGAAAACCCAAAGCAAAUUUACGAACAUUUACAAAUUACAGUGACUAUACGAGAAUUGAUGAAAAAAUAAACAAAAACUGGUAUCUGUUUUUUUUGUGCAACUAAAGUGCUUCAAAUAUACACAUACAUACAAAUAUUAAAUAAGAUAAAACCACAACUACAAAUAAAAAUAAAAAUAAUAAUAAUAAUACGCUUCUUCCAUAUGGCAAUAUACCAAUAAAAAAAAACAACAAAAAUUACAACCUGCAACUCUUUAUUUGAAAAGGCAUACAAAUAAAUAUCAAAUAUUAAAACAGCAGCAACACUCCGACACAAUUUUCAAAUUCCACAUAUCAAUGCCAAAGCAGUGAAAUAGCAUUGAUAUCCUCCUGCCUGCAGAAACGCCCAAAAUAAAACACCGAAAGCCGAAGGAUAAACACAAAGUGGUGCCAGCCAGCCAGCCGCAAGAUAAACGAAGCUUCCAUUUGAAACAACUACAAAUAUUGUUAGAAAUUGAUAGAAAAAUAAAUAAAAAAAAUAGUUACUAUUUUGAUGCAGAUAGUUAAGGGUAUUUAAAACUCCAAAAACAACAACAGAAACAUCAAAAGCUACAUAACACUGAAACCUCCGUGGACCGUAAAAGGAUUGUUAUAAAAGGAAACUAUUUUUGUGACAUUUUAUUAUUCCAAAGAAAAGAAAAAAAAAAAUAGCAAAACCCCCUCAGAAAAUAACUCAUAUAAAUAAUCCCGCCCUAAAACCAACAACAAUUGUUAUAAAAUAUAAACAGAAAAAAGUCAAAUUAAAUAUUUUAUUGUUAUUACAUAAAUGUUACACUAUCAGCAAAACGCCGAUUACCCACAAAUUUUACCACAAGAACAUUCUUCGCCGCCGUCGUCGACAACAACGACAACAACGACAACGACGACACAGUCAACGCUGCCAACUAAAGAACAAGUGGAGCAGCAGCAGCAUCCGUCGCCGACGAAGAAAACCACAGCCGUUCUACGAGUCUAUUAUCGGCGUCUCAAUCAAAAAGACGGCACCGAUUCAGAAAAUACUGGACCCCAAACCAUUUCGGCCAAAAUGAAAACCCUGGCACCGAACAUACGCCGGCGUCGCCGUUGCGAUCGACACCAUCUGGAGUUGUAUCAUGGCACGGAGCACAAACAUGGCAGCGGCUCGUCGCCCACAACCGAAGUACCGCCAAAAUCGAAAUCGGCCUCAACAUCGCCUAUCAAUGAUUUUGGCAUACCCGCACCGCCCAUAACACCGCCACCGGCAUUUCUGCCCGAGGGCUAUCGACGUUCAACGACACCCAACAAGAGUGCUGCAGUCAAGAGGUCUUUAGGUAAGUCUCUUUUGGGUAAAGAUGUUAAAAUGGAUAUUGAAAAAAGAAAGUACACAACCUCCGUAAGUAGUUAUUUGCUCACCGGCUUACAACAACAAAAUUUGGGUUGAUGUUUUUAAUAUCCUCCUCAAUUCAUUCACCCUCCUUUUCCAAUUAA